CUUUCCGUGUGAAUGAACGUCGGCUAACGUUACACUCUGGCUCGUGUUACCUUAUGUGGCUCACUAAAUGUUUAAAGUCUCCAAUCUGUUAAUCGCCACGACAAGGCGAAGGUGCUGUGGUGAUGACUACUUGAGCCAACUCUCGGGAUUGAGUGUCCAAGACAUUUUCCGGGCAUUUACACGGCGAGCUGCCAAAAAAUAAAGGAUACACGAAAACAGGCAACUGUCUGAAACUGACCGGAAAGCGGGGUUCCCAACAGCGGUAACUGCGCAGGUUGUUUAGCGCACUCUACCCGAACUCGCAUUCUUUUGACGCCAAACUCCAGCAGCGUGCGCGAAGAUCUGGCGCGACAUUGAGCGCGCUUUUCUCGAAAUGGCCACGAGCUGAUCCGCUACGAGGGAUGCGAGUCAGGAUGGCGAGCCCCGGGCGACUUUUGACUUUUCUACUCUGUGUGAUGCUGCAUACCGACCUUCUUAAAUCUACUUCCGAGGAUUUACCAUCUUUCCAGAGGAUCCAACAGGCAGCUCCUAGCCUCAUCACUCGCAAAGAGGUUCUAGAAGAAGUGCAGUUAGUAUGGGAUUCCAAGGACCUGCUUGCCAACAGCACAGAGCCUUACAGAAUCUUGUCCCGUAUGAUGCCAUACCUCUCUGUGAGCUGGAGCAGCCGUUUGAUGAAUGAUGCACUAGACAGCCUGUUUCAAGACUCGGAAAUGGAGCCGCUUUACACCUCUGCUAAGACUCUUUAUUUAGCCUAUAACUUUCUUUUUCAGGACACUUCUCCCCAGCGUCUUCCUGAAACACUGCUCUGCAUAGCACAAGCCAGGCAAGACUGUACUUCCAGCCAUCUGCUAGCACGGACCUUGUCUACUCAGGUGGAACAGUCACUGUUAGAUGUGCUGGAGUCAAUAAAGAGUCCACCCUGUUGGGGCACAGGGAGAUCUUUCACAACUGGUGCUCAGUACCUGCUGGAUCAAGCUGGAAGUCUGAGGGACACUAUGGUUUCCCUCUUGGCUUUAUUGCCUUCAAGGCUGUUGAUAGUGUGGAGGGCCCUUGAUAUGUACAUUGCAGACCUCCUCUCCGCUCUGAUUUCUGCCCCUGUUGAUUUUGCAAUAAAUCAGCUCCAGAUGCUGAUUGAUGUCCCCAACUUGGAUCAAUCUGAGAAAUGUCCACAAGGUAACUUAAAACAACUCCUCUUAUGGGGGUUGCAGAAUAAUCUGACGUGGAACUUUGAUGAUGUCAUCCUCAUUCCAUAUGGGUGUAUGUACCUGGGGCUGGAAUGCCCUUCAUUUCGAUUUAUGGACCUUCCACUGUCUGACACUCCCAAGAACUGUGAUCAGUUCAAUUUCACAGCUUUCAACAGUACCAUCUGUUCAAGACUACUUGAGUUAAAAGACAACUCUAGCCUGCUGUCCUCACUUUGCAGCAUCCUUAACAGUCUUACCCUUCAGCAAGCCUCUCAGUUGGCCAUUAAAGGUUGUACCAAAAUUGCCACCAUCUCAUCCUCUUUUCUGGAAAUGUUAAGCUCUUACAUGGACAGCUGUCCUUCAUUUUCUAGGUCUGUGAGAUCUGUCCCAGUUGAACACCACAACAUUAGUGACCUGGACUGUACAUAUAGUAACUGGACACAGGCAAAUAUAGUGGACCCUGCUGCUGUUUUUUUCUGCAGUGAGAAUGAUUCCCCUCAGUUUGCACAGGAUGUUUGUAGCAAUGAGGAACUGCUAACCAUUCUGCUGCAAAAUUCAGAUAACAUGUGGUUGGAGGCCUACUGUGCAAACUAUACUGAGGAGGGUACACAGCUUGUCAGCAACUGGCUGUGUCGCUAUUCUACUUGGGUAGCGGGCUUCAAUGAUCCCACACUUGUUGCUUUUUGCUGGGAGAAUGACCGUGUGCAGUUUGAGAAAGCACUCUGUGAGGACCUUCAGCUCUUCCUUAGUAUUAUGGCCAAUGCUGAGAACAGCUGGCUUUUCCCAAACUGCACUGAAUAUGAACCACCUACUGCAGACACCUUACAGAAUUUGAAGCAGUGGUGCAAUUACUCAAAGUGGCAGGACCCAGAAGUCAUUGAUGAGUCAAUUGUCACUUUCUGUGCAUUCCAUGAUACCAACUUCACAAAUCUAAUUUGCAGCAACUUUUCUAUCCUGGAGGCACUCCUGAAGAACCAGUAUAACUCAUGGCUACCAAAUAUCUGUACCUUGCCCACCCCUACAGAAGUACCAGUGAUUUCAGUUCCUCCUGACUUGUGCAGCUACUCACAAUGGAUGGAUAUGGAGGUAGAUUCAUCUAUCAUUACUCUUUGCUGGCAACUUAAUCUGAUUAGCUUCAAGAUGAAUGUCUGCUGCAAUGUGGAAUUACUAGACAGAAUAACUCAAGACCAAAGCAACAGCUGGCUCCUGUCUGCUUGUCAAGGGAUCAAUAGAAACUCCACAGAAAAUGAAACACAAAAUGUGGUUAGUGCUAUGUGCCAGUAUCAUACAUGGGUCAACUUAAAAUCUGUUGAUAUGACUGAUGUAGCUGCUUGCAGUGAGUUUGAUCCAGACAAUUUUAUAGAGAAUGUCUGUUUCAAUCACUCUGUACUCCAGGGUCUGCUGAGUAUCUCAGAAAAUACCUGGCUUAUUGAGUACUGCAGUAAGGCUGAUAAAUUCCGACCUCAGGAGAUGUGCCAGUAUCAUACAUGGGUCAACUUAAAAUCUGUUGAUAUGACUGAUAUGGCUGCUUGCAGUGAGUUUGAUCCAGACAAUUUUAUAGAGAAUGUCUGUUUCAAUCAGUCUGUACUCCAGGGUCUGCUGAGUAUCUCAGAAAAUACCUGGCUUAUUGAGUACUGCAGUAAGGCUGAUAAAUUCCGACCUCAGGAGAUGUGCCAGUAUCAUACAUGGGUCAACUUCAAAUCUGUUGAUAUGACUGAUAUGGCUGCUUGCAGUGAGUUUGAUCCAGACAAUUUUAUAGAGAAUGUCUGUUUCAAUCAGUCUGUACUCCAGGGUCUGCUGAGUAUCUCAGAAAAUACCUGGCUCAUUGAGUACUGCAGUAAGGCUGAUAAAUUCCGACCUCAGGAGAUGUGCCAGUAUCAUACAUGGGUCAACUUCAAAUCUGUUGAUAUGACUGAUGUGGCUGCUUGCAGUGAGUUUGAUCCAGACAAUUUUAUAGAGAAUGUCUGUUUCAAUCAGUCUGUAGUCCAGGGUCUGCUGAGAGAUGUGCCAGUAUCAUACUUGGGUCAACUUAAAAUCUGUUGA